CAUACCAAACAAACAUAAAUAUUAAAGUCAACACAAUUCUAACCUCAAAUUCGAAGCGUUCAAGUGAUUCACCUCGGCCCCCAAAAAUUAGUAACCACGAUGGAAAACGCCGGUGCGGCGCAGCCCCAGGAGUCGAAACGGCCCGUCUGCCUCAUAGUGUUGGGCAUGGCAGGCUCCGGUAAAACGUCCCUGGUCACCCGACUGUCCACAGACAACAAGAAACCCUACGUCGUCAACUUGGACCCCGCCUGCUUGCAGCUGCCGUACUUCGCCAACAUCGACAUCAGGGACACUGUAAAAUACAAGGACGUCAUGAAACAGUACAAACUGGGCCCCAACGGAGCCAUUGUAACAUCCCUCAACUUGUUUUCGACCAAGUUUCCUGAUGUUUUGAAGUACAUUGAGAAGGCACCCAACGAGUAUUGCGUUUUGGACACGCCCGGGCAGAUUGAGGUGUUUACGUGGUCUGUCUCUGGGUCUAUUAUAACCGAAACUUUGGCGUCAUCGUUCCCCACUGUGAUUUUAUAUGUGGUUGAUUGUGUGAGGAGCACGUCACCCAUAACAUUCAUGUCCAACAUGCUUUAUGCCUGUUCAAUUUUGUACAAAACCCGCCUGCCUUUUAUCGUGGUAAUGAACAAAGUGGAUAUAGUGGAUCAUUCUUACGCGAAAGAUUGGAUGAGCGACUUCGAAUCGUUUCAAGAAGCCCUUGAAAACGACGAGAGUUACAUCAGCAACUUAACCAGAUCCAUGGCCUUAGCUUUGGAUGAAUUCUAUCAGAAUCUCAAAGUGUGUGGAGUCAGUGCAGCGACUGGGGAAGGAAUUGAUGAGCUGUUCGAGUUGGUUGAAAAGGCCAGGGACGAAUAUGAAAAUGAUUAUCGAGUUGAGUGGGAGAAAAUCAAAGCAGAAACAGAAGCAAAAAGGGCCCAAGAAAUGAAAGAGGCUAAAGAAGACAAAAGUGACAGUUUACUAACACAAAAACCAGCAGGAAUUGAAUUAUCUGAUGUUUUCUUGAGGCAUGCUGGAAACGACAGCAGUUCAGACUCAGAGGGAGAAGAAGCACCAUUUGAAGCUCAAGAUGAUGUUGAAGAAGAAACAUUCAGGAAAGUUUUACAGCAGCAGAGGGAAAUGCAGUUAAAGAGAGCCAAAGAGGCUGAAGAAAAGAAAAAGGCAAAAGCUACAUAGUUUAAGUUUACAAUUUUUGUUAAAAAACUAUUUUAUUAAAUUUUUAUAACAA